ACUCUGUCUAUAGAUGUUCUCCGAUUUUAACUACUAUGUGAUUUUGCAUGUUAGAGAUGCCUCUUUUAUGAUCCCACUUUGGUUUCAACUGUGAGUGAUUACACUAGGUUAAGAAACUGCAAUUUGUUUGGAAAUUGCAAUUUUAACUACUCUGCUGUAACCUACUUUAAGGUGUAUAGAUGUUCAUUCGCAUUUCGUAAUAGAUUCAAGAGAAUCAUCGCUAAGUUCCUGUGAUAUGACCUACAUUUUUUCCGCUCGCAUUGUAGUUACUAUGUGAUUUCGCAUGUUAGAGAUGACUCUUUUAUGAAACAAAUUUGGUUUCUAGUGUUAUUGUUGAUUAUGCUUGGUUAAGAAAUUGCAAAGGAAAAUUAUGCUCCCUAAGAUGCAUUUUUGGAUGGAAUGUUAUAAUUUGAUGGCUUUUCUUAACCCUUUCCCAUGUUUUUUUUCAAUGAACCUAGUAUCUGGUCAAGAACUUAGAGAGUAAUUCCUUUCUAAGCUAACCUUGUACUUAUGGAAGUUCAUUUCCCCCUUUUAUCUAUGAAAUUUUACCUGAUUUUUCCCUUUUAUCUAUGAAAUUCUACCUACUUAAUGGAAGCACUGAAGUAUUAAUAUAAAAAUAAAUGGCAAAAUGAAAUCUAAAGUGAACAGGAGAUUUACACACAUAAGCAGCAUGCGUAUAUGUGGUUAAACUUCCCCAUAUCUCUUUAAUUGAAGACUGGACGAUUGAUUAUUCAUUUGGGGAUGGACAGGCUUUUUGGGAAAUCUACCUGUUGAAGUUGUACCUACAUUUGGUUCAUACCGUGCCAGUGUCUCUCCAAGGGAACUCAGCAUCCGUGCCAGUGGAUCUGAGUGAAAACUCCAUGGACACAAAUGACAAUGUGCAAAAUGAAGAAUAUAUAAAAGCAGAAAAUAUCAUCAGGCACUCCCAGAAACUACAAGGGGAUCUGCAUACUUUUGGGAUGAAAAUUAAGCAGCAUGAGGACAGACUGAAUUUUUUGAACACGGAAAAAGCCAAAUUAGAAGACUCCAUUAUUCAUUUGCAAGGUGUUAUUGUGAAAUCAAAGUCUUCAAGCUCUAAUGGAGAGGAUACCCGCAGUACAACUGUGGAGGAGGUACAUAAACAAAUAUUGCAGCAUGAAAAAUCUGCUGCUGGUGUUUUGUGCCAGAUGAAGACUCGUCAUGGAGCGCAUGCUUCUCUUCUUACACUAACAAAGGAUGUUUUAGGUAUUGUUCCUAUGCUGGGAAGAGUUGAGGAUGACAAUCUCAGCAGACUUUUCUCAGAGUAUCUUGGAGUGGAGACUAUGUUGGCAAUUGUUUGUAAAACUUAUGAAGGAGUUAAAGCUAUCGAAAUGUAUGACAAGGAAGGCCGCAUAAAUAAAAGUAGCGGUCUUCAUGGGCUAGGUGCAACAAUUGGAAGGGCUUUGGACGGUCGAUUUUUACUCAUAUGUCUUGAAUCUCUAAGGCCUUAUGCUGGUAAAUACGUGGUUGAUGAUCCACACAGGAAGUUGGACAUUUUAAACCCAAGAUUGCCUAAUGGGGAGUGUCCGGCUGGAUUUCUUGGGUUUGCUGUGAAUAUGAUUAAUAUAGACACCGAGAACCUGUUUUGUGUAACUCCGAGGGGUUUUGGCCUUAGAGAAACUCUGUUUUAUAAUCUCUUCUCUCGUCUACAAGUAUAUAAGACUAGGGCUGAAAUGAUACAAGCACUUCCUUGCAUAACAGACGGAGCUCUUUCUUUAGAUGGAGGAAUGAUUCGGAGCUGUGGUGUAUAUUCUUUGGGUAAUAGGGAAGCUGUUAAUGUACGAUUCCCCAGACCAGAAAGAUCUGCGGGGCUUGAUGAGCAGGUUGAAAUUGAGAGGCAAAUGAAGGACGCCCAGUGGAAGAAGGAAAAUAUUUUGGACGAUAUAAAAAGGGAAAUGACAUUGUUGGACAUAGCAAAGCACAAUUUCAACAAAAAGAAGAAUGAUUUUCUUAAGUAUUUGGCUUCAAGUUCAUCAUAUGCAAUCCAGGUUCAGAAUGCGGCAGUUCAGAAUGCUCCUUCGGUACCUCGAUGAAAAAAUUAAGAUAGAUGAGAAAGCUAUGAAGGACAUAGCCUGUGGCUAAGUAAGUUCUGUUGCAAAGAAAAUUAAGAUUUAUACUGAGGAUACUGGGAAGAUGUUUACCCAAAGGUAUAUGACAACUGUUUUUUGGGUUCCUAUAUUUUCUGCUAGAUCAACAUAUUUCCCUGGGAACCGGUAAAUACUUCUGCUACUAAAAAAAGGUUGUGAUAAGAAACGUUCAAUUAUUCGUGCUCGAUCCUCUUAUAUAAUGCCCUGAAGUUCUUUGUAACAAUUGUCUAGACAACAUCAAUACCGACAUCAAUGAAAAUUUUUAGUAAGAAAA